AGGGUAAAAACAAGAAAGAGAUCUCUUUGCUCGAUCCACUUCCAUCUUUGAUCCCAAAAAUAAUAUUUCAUUUUUUUUAUAUAUAAUUUGUUGCAGCAGAAGAAGAAGAAGAAGAUCAACAGUGUUGACGAGAGAGAGAUACAAGGACAGAGAUUUCUGGGUUUUUAGCUACAUUAAAUGAAUAUUAUUGGAUUAAGACUCGAUCGGAGAAAGUAGAAAUCGAUUGGAGAAGAAAAGGGAUAUUCGAAACCCUAAUUUUGAGAGAGAGCAUCUAUUUGAGAGGAAAAAAAAAAAAGGGUGUUAACUUUGAGGGGUUUGGAUCGAAUUUGAAAUCUGGGGGUUAAUGGGUUUUUUGAAGAAGUUAACGGGGAUACUUGGGUUUGGGCAUAACGAUGGUGGUGGUGGUGGUGGGCAUGGAGCUGUAAGAGAUGAAGAUGGUGAUGGUGGAGAUAACAGUGCGAAAGUUUCCGGUGAUGGAGAUAAACGUCGGGAGGGUAAUAAUCAGCCGAGGUUUCGUGAAACUGGACUUCCAAGGAGAGGUUUUGGUGUACCUGUUCAAGUCGCUGUUGAACGGUCUAAUCCUGGCCCUAUUCUUCAGCCUUGUGCUGCUUCAGAUGGUGGUGUUCAGGGACUACGUUGGUACUCAAUGCGGCUUAAGGUUGAUGAAGACGGAGAUGUUGCAGAUGAGUUCUUGGAAGAUCAAAACUGCAAGACUUUGCCAAGGAAGUGCAAAACAAAAGCUGCAAAAGUGAAAGGUUUAGUUAUAUCUUCUGAUGGGAAACUUCAGCCAUUAAUGCAUUGAACAAAAUGAACACCAAAUGAGAAAGAUUCGGCUGAACAGCUGGAUUGGAUCAGGAAAAGGUUAGAACUCGUGUUUAAUUAAUUUCGAGAUCAAUCCAUUAGAUUCUUCAGAACUUACAAAUGUUAUUUAACUGUGAAUUUUAGUUUUUGAAAAUAGACAGUGACUCUCUUUGGGAUUAUCUAAAAAAUAUUUGUGCAAUUGUUGGAAUUGUGUGUUACUACUACAAGUUCUGUGUGUGUCCACUGCACAUGUAUUGAUCCUUUUCUUAUACAAGUCUUCUAUUUUCUCUA